CUGUUUGUGUCUUAUUUUACAGAGCGUUACCCAUUUUUUAUAUUUUUAAUAUAUCUUACUUCAUAUUACAGUUCUAUAUUAUUCAUUCUAUCUUUAUUAGACUGGCUUGCUCCUCCUUUUAGGCCUGAGGACGAAUGUUUCCUUGAAGGUGAUGAAUGGAGGAGCGUUCGCUCUACCCACCGAGUCUCGGGCAAUUCUGGCCUUAGUGAUGCUGAGGAUACGGGCCCAAGCCUUGUAAAGUCUGGGGUUGGCUUUUAUGUCCAUCGGCGUCGUUUACCUAGUGGCAGUGGGGGCGGGUUCUCGUCAAAUGCUCUUCCAGUAUCUUCGACUAGCUCGCCUGCCCUUGAUUUGGCUACUAACGGCGGUUGCGCUGUUACCUCUGCCAAUGGAACUGCUCAGGCACUAGGAAGCAACUCAGCAUCUGGCGGUCUUAUUCUUCGUCCAUUCGGAGGUCGUGGUGGUGCCAAGCACGACUGGACUAAGGGAGCCGGUGGCUUUAAAUGGCGACAGCGAAAUAGCAGUGGUGGGGAUCACUCAGGAUACUCGCGAGGAGUAAUUUUCUUUCAACUUAAAAAUUGUCGGACUCUGAUAUUAUAA